CGCAGCAUAAUCAGAGUGGAACGGCACUGGAGCGCUAACAACUUGAUCUUGCACUAUAGCUCAGUCAGGAGCGCGGUCACAGCUGCAAUACAGUUUAGAACACAAGCAAGCGGUUUGCGCACGACGGAAAUCGUUUUGGAUAACACACUCGACUUUCUUUUACCUGAAGAAUACCUAUUUGAACUGGAUGUUCAUGGAAUAGAUGCACUAUUUUUUAGCCAUGCACUUAAGUUUUUUUCCUUUUUGGAAAUCAGAAAUCUGGAAUUCUGACACCUGUCAGCAAGGCGAUCUACAAAAUCAAUAGGCAACAUUUAUCAAUAGUAACAUUUCUUUAAGAUAAUGGUAUUAUUUUAGGAGGAUAAAUGUUAUCUUUCCCCGAUUACUAAUUACUUGUAAUGCUCCUUGAUAGUAAAACAUCACAUUUAAGCAACAGUGAGCUAAAUCCCACCUAUCAACGUGUUGGGGUUCGCAAUCUUCAUUAUUACUACUAUAUAGAUGGGAGAGCCUACUAUAGAUUAGACAAACCUGACUUUUUUUUCCAAGAUACUUUCCUGACCCUCUCCGAAUCAACUCGCUCGAAAACCUCAGUAAGACCUUGUUUGGGACAGUACUCUACGCAAAAGGGGUCCUGAAAGAAGCUAGUGCUCUCUCGCCGGAGCGCUGUCCCGCGCGCUGAAGUGCUGAGGAGAGACCCCGUCCAGCACGCGCCCAUAAAUGCCCAGCCGAUCGCGGGGUCUCGAGGAUGGGCGGCAAGAAGAGCUCGUGCAUUCUGCUGCUCGCGGCGUUUGCGGCAUUCCUGAGGCUUGGUAGCGCGGAGGGGGACCCACUCCCUCCGUCCCUGGUGGUUAUGGUAAGGGACAGCCCCAUCUCAUCGAUAGAAGACUUGAAGAAGCUGCUGGACACUGACUCCGUAGAAGAAGAAUCAGACAACCAGACAACCAAUGAAAUCCACUCCAGCGAUGCUCAUCACCGAGUUCCCAGAAGCCUCAUGGCGAGCGCUGAGCCGGCGCUGCAGGCUGCGUGUAAGGUGCGCACGGAGGUGCUGGAGGUGACGCGCUCCAUGCAUGACCGCACCAACGCCCACUUCAUGCUGUGGCCACUCUGCGUGGAGGUGCAGCGCUGCUCUGGCUGCUGCAACAGCCGCACCUCGCAGUGCGUGCCCGUCGUCACGGAGACCAGGCAGCUGCAGAUGACCAAGAUCACCUAUGUGAACAUGCGGGCACACUUUGAGAAGGUCAUCAUACCCGUGGAGGACCACGUGAGGUGCAGCUGCCAGCCUCUGACCUCGCCCCACGCCGGCCGUACCUCGACGGCGCGGAAGCCCCAGGCCACCCCGCCGCCCCCUCCUGCCCCGCGCGUGGCCCACAAGCCCCCGCAGCCGCACGGCCACACCAAGGAGGACCUGCACCGGCACGACCAGCUCAAGCAAACACAGCGGCUGCACCUGGACGAGCGCCUGGGCCAGGAGCGCCUCUGGCAGAACAAGUACAGCCCCUCUCACACGGCCGGGGAGCCCCCACACCACACACCCGCACGGCGCAUGGACUACCAGGCCCCGCCGCACCACCACACCACCACCACCCCCCACCAGCACCCGGGGGGGGGGCCCGCAGAUCGGGAGGGGGAGCUGGGGGCCGGACAGAUGCCGCCUGGAGCUCAGCCGUCCCUUGGCGACGGCGGACCAGCGGAGGACGGGAGGACGCCGACGCUCCAGCACGGCAGCGGAGACGACAGCAGCAGACGGGCGCUGGGUGGGGCGCAGCAUCAGUACCACCAGCAGCAUCCGCAGCAGCAUCAGCAUCAGUACCAGCAGCAGCAGCAGCAUCAGUACCAGCAGCAGCAGCAGCAUCCGCAGCACGGCGACAGGCUCACGGUGGGAGAGCAGCCGAGGCAUCUGCCCACACAGUCCGGCGCGCACAUGCUGCGGGACGCCACCACGCCUCACCAGCCACAUCACGGACCGCCCUACCACCACGGCCAACCAGAUGCUCCCGUUUACCACCACAGCCAAUCAGACAUGGCCGGUCAGCCGCAUGUCCAACCAGAAGGGAGUAGCCAUCAUAGUGCGUCGGAGGGGAGCAGUCCAUUCGAUCCGAACCAGUCAGAGCUGACCAACGGCCAGAGAGCAGCGGAGGACACUGAGGAGGAGAGGAAGAGGUUACACGCAGAGGAGUUAGAGAGGGAGACGGACAGGCAACAGGAAGUGAAGUCACAGCUUCAUCGUCAUCAUCAUCAUCAUCAUCAACAGGCACAUCCCCAGAGCCAGCCGCAGACCUCCACACAGCGAGCAGCAGUGACGGACGCUCCAACUACGUUACAGCCUGCAAGUCCGUCCUCCAGAGCCCAGACCACCCCACGCCCCCCACCCCUGCGCAGGAGACGCCGCAAGCACCGCCGGAGGAUCAGCAAGGCCACCAUGAGAGCCAUGAUCAUGGUCAUGUCCUAAUGGUGUGAGGCUUAGGGAAGAGGAACAAAUGGGAUCCAGGGAGAAGAGCUGGAAGUAAGACACAGGGACAACAUACGCCAACAACAACGCAUCUCAAGGCAGCCAUCUUGUAUCCAGAGUGCCCCUGAGUGACCCCAGCCCCACCACAGCAGAGGACUAAACUGUGUAGUGCCACACCUCUGCCCAUCACCAGAUCCAGACAACACAGAGGAGUGGAACUUAAAGGGAUAGUCUCUGACUCCACGCGCCAAUCAUGUGCACUCCUCACCUCAUGGCCAGUGUUUUCAUUUUCUCCAUUGCUCUCUUACUGUAGCUUCCACCUCCGUUGGCUACUUCAUUGGGAAUCAGUAUGUGGCUGUGGGCCUGUUCUCUGUAGAAGCCUUAUGGACACUGUGACUGUGACAGUUUGAUUCUAGACUGCCUGCUGGAGUGGCUUCUGGAUCCCUGGACUUAACUGGAUGAAGCGGUGGUGUUGGAGGACUGGUGCUAAUUCACUUUGGCCUCGCCCGAUGGAUAGUAGCUACUCUCCUCGAAAGAGACUCUGGACUCUAAUUUGAGAGCAGACAGGGGAGGCUGAUGCAUGCAGAGCAGAGAGCAGAGCGCUCCCAAUGCCACGCUGUUGCCUAUUGUUUAAGUCAAGCCUGAAACACUGGAAGUUCAAACACUGGAUUUUGUGCAUUCUCAGACUGAUGCAUAUAUCAAAGAAAAUAGACUGUUUUGUGUCGCAAAUGCUUCAAACACAAUUGACAGAAAUAUCAAUGUUAUCACAUCAUUAGGAUAAGCAUGCCUUGUGAUAUACUGUAUGUGAAACUCUUGCUGUAUACGUUUAAAUUUAUAAAAACAAAUGGCGACACUGGACGGUAGAUGGGGACAGUACUGUCCAGCUCUGGGGCAUGGCUAUACAGUAUGUGGCCUUUUGGACAGGGAGAUACAGAGAGGGACCGUCCUUCUGGUGACACAUGGAGUGGACAUAUUAGAUGGGAGGUUUUAGCGAGUGCUCUAAGCACUGCGUUUAGUUUGGAGACUACUGAGGCAGGGGAGGCCCAUGGCCCAUGUGUGUUAGUGAUGUUGGGACCUCUGUACAAACGCUAGCUAGCUUACACUGGCUGUACAUUUUACAAAUGCAAUUGUUCUUAUCUCUGUAUUAUUUGUUAACUUAUUUAAAUAAGACAGAUGUGAUUCUGUCUGUAUGUGCGUAAAUGUAAUUAAUGUUAUUGAUUAUAAUUAUUUGUUGUAAUUAUUGCUAUUUUAAUAUAAAGAUGAAAUCUAAAUUGA